UUCUUCAGAUUUUGCACUGCAUCCAGGCCCCGGCUUCUACACCAUCUAAUCAAGAGACGCCCUCAGCCUGAAACCCACCUCCAGCAACCAUGCAGUCUGCUGAUGCCAAGCUCAGCCGAAGCUCCCUGCUGCUGGCCCUGAGGCGCUACGGCACAGCAGUGAAGAAUAUGGAGCAGACCGUCCUGCUUCCUAGCCUCCUCAGAGAUGUGCCAUACGAUGACGGUUCGGACUGUGAGGGCGCCGACAACAGCAUGGACCUGUACGAGUACUACCUUCUGCUGAAAGCCAUCAAGAACACGGCAGAGAGUGGCCUCAUCCCACAUGACGAUGCCAAAGCUACGAGUCACACUGCCCUGCACAAAGGCCUGGAGCCUCUGCUGGAGGCAGAACCUGAAGAGCUUUUCCACUUCCAUCUGCAAGGCCUGUACACAGUCAUGGCAACGCUCACAAAGAAGUCCCAGAACUUGACUGAGAAAUACUUGGACAUCAUCGGGAUCAGUCGUUAGGAUUCAGCACAUAUUGAAAAAAACAUCCAUCUUGGGUUGUUGCAAUUACCUGGAAAGCUGUUUACUUCCUUGUCACUAUCUGUGACAUGCAAUUAAAAUAUUACAAAUGA